ACAAGUAAAAAAAAUGGUCGAAUUUGAUCCAUAUGUUCUGAUUUUCUUUUUGGAAGAAUAUGUUCUUUUAUUAUUAAACCAAAUUCUUGUUGAUCCCAAGUCCAAUUUCUCUUCUUCUCUUGUUUCCCAUAAUUUUCAACAAACCCAGAAAUAGAGAAGAGAAUCGAAAACAAAAAUGGGAGACGAGAAAGUAAAGGAGGAAGCCAUGCGGAUGAUUGGGAUGUUCCAAGUUCUUCCUCGUUUGGUCGUUUUCGAUCUCGAUUACACUCUCUGGCCUUUUUACUGUGAGUGUCGAUCCAAACGCGAAAUGCCAUCGAUGUACCCCCAUGUUAAAGGCAUAAUAACCGCACUCAAGGAGAAAGGGAUUGAUCUAGCUAUUGCCUCUAGGUCUCCUACUGCAGAUAUAGCUAACACAUUUCUUGACAAAUUGAAUAUCAAGUCUAUGUUUGUUGCUAAGGAAAUAUUUUCCAGCUGGACACACAAGACCGAUCAUUUCCAGAGAAUUCACUCAAGGACUGGGAUUCCCUUCAACUCAAUGCUCUUUUUUGAUGAUGAGGAUAGGAACAUACAAGCUGUCUCGAAGAUGGGAGUAACAAGCAUAUAUGUGGGUGAUGGGGUUAACCUUGGAGCAUUGAGACAAGGGUUAACAGAGUUCACUGAAAAUCAAAAUGCAUCCGAGAAGAACAAGCAGAGAUGGCUCAAGAAAUACUCCCAAAAUUCAAGUUCAUCUGAGAAGAAAGACCUGAAAUGAGUAUUAUUUUAUGUUGGCCCUUGGUCAUCGGUAUCAAAAGAAACCAAGAUUGUUUUACAAAUUAUGUGGUGGAAACUUUUUGAAACCACAUUCUAUAUUAUAAAUUUAAAAUGGUCUUAUAUGUAUACCAUCUUUGAAUGUGGACUUCUACAGAAUCCUAUCAUAUGAUUCUCCUAGUGAUGCAGGUUAGCUAUUUUUCAACCAUUCUUACAGAGAAUGAAUGAAAGCUGAUUGUUUUUA